CCAUCACCCACUUCACAACCCAACCUUCCAUCUCAAUAAAAAAAAUACAAUCUCCAUAACAACUUUCCUCUCCUCUCUUUCCUCUCUGUUUUCUCUCUCUCUCUCUUUCCCACCAAAAACAAAAAUGGCAGCAUACAGAGAACCCAUGAGCACAACCGAAAGAGCACCAAUCUCCUCCCAAACACCACACUCCCCAUGGCAUUCACCAGUCCCUUAUCUCUUCGGUGGUCUAGCAGCCAUGUUAGGCUUAAUCGCCUUCGCCCUCUUAAUCCUUGCAUGCUCUUAUUGGAAACUCUCCGGUUACCUCGAAGGUAACGGCGAAUCCGAACGAGACCUUGAAGCUGGAGAUGGAGCAAAUGAAACAGACCAAAAACCUCAGAAGGUUUACGAGGAGAAAAUCCUGGUGAUUAUGGCUGGUCAAGAGAAACCGACAUUCUUAGCAACACCUAGCAUGUCUUCAAGCACAGGAACCAGUAGAUCGUCCUCUUUUGGGGAUAACAAUAGUACAUGUACCUGUGACCAGAACCAGAAAUCAAAGGAAAAUAUGAAUGAUGAUGAAGAUGAUGAUGAUGAUUCAACUGUGAAACUGAGAAGCAGUGGUGAAACUGAAAAUGAUGUUAGAAGAACAGAGAGUGUGGAAAGAACAGCAACAGAAACAACAACAGAAACAACAAGAGAUGAGAACGUUUGAGAAACAAAACAUGGUUUGCAUGUUCUGUGAUUGGUUUAGAAUUUAGAAUUUUAGAUCCUUCUGUUUUUUUUUUUUUUUUGAUGAACAUGUUAAAUUUUAUGUACUCACAAUCAAAGUACAGCUGUACAUUAGUAGUUCGGGAAUGUAAAUUUUUUGAGGUUGAAUGGAUGGUUUGUUAGCAAGUAAA